AUGAUGGUGGACAAGUUGUUUGCUGGACUUCUCUUUUUUAUCACUGUUAUUUCAAAUGGCAUAGAGUGGUGCUGUGUGAAGUUCAACCUUAAACCUGGACUUCCACAAAGAAUUCAAAUUCCAUCAAAUCAGACAUCAUCCUUUGUUAUUGAUGAUAUUCCAUCUGAUACCACCUUUGCUGUCUUCCAGCUUCACACCCAGCGAUACAAUUUAUCAUUAUCAUCAGAGCCAGCAUUUUCUCGGAGUGUCACCAAAAAUGGCACCAAUGUUGGUAUGACAACUUUGUGCAUGCCUAGCAUGACCCAGUUGGUUUGGUAUGUCAAAACAUUUGUCAAGUGUAAUGUGACAGCCGUCGCUUAUCUUCAUCUGUAUACAAAAAAUG